AUGUUCGAGCAAGCCGAACGAGACCACCUCCAGAGCCACCAGAAAAUGGGUUCUUGGAAGGAGGUGGCCCUCAACACAAUCUCAAAUGGAACACAAAUUCUUGACUGCAUGUGGAUUUACGUCUACAAGUACACCAAGCGAGGCAGGCUGGUGAAAUGCAAAGCUCGCCUUGUGGUCCGAGGCGACCAAGAACGUCGAAACACCCAAGACACAUAUGCAGCUACGUUGGCUGGAAGAAGCUUCAGAUCACUGAUGGCAAUUGCGGCAAGAUUCGACCUCGAACUGAUCCAAUACGACGCCGUCAAUGCAUUUGUGAAUGCCAACUUGGACGACGGGAUUUACAUGCCACUCUACGGGCUGCGAAAGUCGCCUCUGUUGUGGCAUCGCGAGCUGACCAAUACGCUCAAGAAAAUUGGCUUCAAGACGGUUCCUCAUGAGCCCUGUUGCCUAACCCUCGACGGCAUAUUCGUCUUCUUUUACGUUGAUGACAUUGUGUUUGCGUUUCGGAAGGAAGACGGACUGAGGGCAAAAGCUCUAACCGACCAACUGCGUUCAAAAUAUGAACUGACCGGAGGAAACGACCUCCAAUGGUUCUUAGGAAUCGAAAUCAUUCGCAACCGUGAUCGACGCCUGAUUUGGCUGUCACAAGCUUCAUACAUUGAGAAGAUCGGCCGCCUAGCAAACAAACGCAGAAUUUUUAACACACCAAUGGGGACUGAAGAGCUACUCCCAUUUGAAGGCAUCGCCACGAACGGAGAAGUAAACUCCUACCAGGUGAAAGCGGAUCUCUCUUGUAUGCACCCUCAACACCAAGACGCUGCUGACCGAGCAAUUUGCUACUUGGUCGAGAGAAAGAAUUUGGCCCUCAGGCUGGGAGGUGGCGAUGAUUUUGAAGUGGCAAGCGACUCAUCAUUUGCUGACAACUCGACCGACCGGAAAAGCUCGCAGGCCUACGCCAUGAAGCUGUUUGGAGGUCUCAUCGGGUGGCGGGCAAACAAGCAAGAUACCGUCACAACCUCGACAACUGAGGCAGAGCUUUUGGCAUUGUCACAAACCGCCAAGGAGUCAAUAUACAUGAGCAGGCUGAUCGACGAGCUGGGUGUCAAGCUGGAUGCCUCACACAUUCGGAUUCAAUGCGACAAUAACCAAACAAUCCGGCUCGUCAACGCAGAGAUCGCAGCGCUGAAGACAAAGGUUCGUCACGUCAACAUCCACAACCAUUGGCUUCGUCAAGAAGUAGCCAACGGCACGAUCGAAGUCACGUAUACACCCAGCGCCGAGCUGAUGGCCGAUGGUUUGACAAAGGCGCUCCAAGGACCUCACUUUGAAGCAUUCGUCAAGCAAAUGGGCCUCGAAGACGUCACCAGCCUCCUCGCCGGCCGGUCGCUCCCGAAACAGAUGACGAAGAACUCCAAGAACAGAUAUAUGAGGUGUGGCACAAGGAAGAUAAGGAAUGACCAGCGACGAAAUCACGAAGAAGGCGCAAUGAGCCGCGAGCGCAUCUACAGGCACGAUACUCGCCCCGGGAGAGAUGAUGUUCCGGCCCGAAAGAACAAUUCACAUACACAAUGGCUUUGGACGAUUUGGGCGGAUCAUUGGCAGCUUCCCUCGCGAUGCGAGCUCAGCUGGGAGGGUGUGUUAGAUCCGGUAGAAUCCGGGUAG